AAUAGAUGGAUAUAAGGAGACGAAUUAGUGCUCUGAUACCAGUAAGAUGAAGAUUGUCUUAAUUCUAAGUGUGGUCGCUCUGACGACUGCGAUCCCUCAAAGUACCAUCAAAGACCAAUGGGCUAAUUUCAAGGCCAAACACAACAAAGAGUACUUGUCUGAUAGCGACGAUUUGAAACGCUUUGUCAUCUUUACGCAAAAUCUGGCGAAAAUUGAAGCACACAACACCAAAUACAAAAAUGGCGAAGUUAGUUAUUACAAUGCGAUUAAUAAGUUCGGGGAUUUAACAGCUGAUGAAUUUCUUGCGUUCGUAAAUCGGACUAAAGCUCCUGAAACACAAGUGCCCGGAAAAUUUCGCAGAAGAUACGUUCCUUCGAAGCAACCAGUCGAUGACGAAGUUGACUGGAGGACCAAAAAUGUAAUAAGUGAUAUUAAAGACGAAGGGGACUGUGGGUCGUCUUGGACUUUUAGUGCAGUAGACGGGUGCCGUGGAGGGCCAGCUCGCCCUCAAAACCGGCGAACUUACCCCCCUCAGCGCGCAGAACCUCCUCGACUGCUCCUCCGACUACGGCAACACCGGCUGCGACGGCGGCUUCACCGACAGCGCCUUCGACUACAUCCACGACAACGGCAUCAUGUCGGAAUCCGCCUACCCCUACGAAGGCGCCGCCGGCGCCUGCCGUUUCGACCCUUCGCAAUCCGUCACCUCCAUAUCGGGCUACGUGGACGUGGACUUCAUGAGCGAAGUGGGCUUAGCGGACGCCGUGGCCAACAUCGGACCAAUCGCAGCCGCCAUCGACGCCACCGAAGCCCUCCAGUUCUACUACGGAGGAGUUUUCUUCGACGAAACUUGCAACAUCAACGAGUCGGAUUUGGACCAUGGGGUCUUGGUCGUGGGGUAUGGGAGAGAGUUGCAGUACGACUACUGGAUCGUGAAGAACUCGUGGGGGGUGGAUUGGGGCGAAAACGGGUUUUAUAAGUCGGUGAGGAAUUAUGGGAAUAAUUGCGGUAUUGCAACUCAUGCUUCGUAUCCACAGUUGUAAAUAAAGUGUGAUGAGUAAUA